AUGCCCAACAAGUUCAGCUUCAACGACGACUGGAGCAGCUCGCCGCCAUCCACCCCUGGCCAGAACACAGGCAAGGGAUCGGCUUAUCCCUUUGGCGAUAAUCCGUCGACAACACCCGCAGGCCCUCCGCCGUCGUCUCAGGCGUCAUUCACACCUGCCGGCGCACCGUCUGCAUCCUACCUCGGAAGCUCCUUGUUGGGAGCUAGCACUAAUCAGAAAUCGUUCAACUUUGGCGGCGCGAGCACCUCGGGCCCUACGAAAAACCUCUUUGGACUCAGCAAUGCCACGUCCCAGAACCCCUUCUCGCAGAAGCCGUUGGGCCAGUCAAUCCACCAGAGCUCCAAGCACGUCAGGCAGCCCUCGGGACUGAGCAAGGAGUAUGGCGCCGCAGAGCGCGACGUAACAUACGACAACCGCACCGGCCGGUACAUGAUUCCCGACGACUCGGAGGAGGAAGAGGAGGAUGAAGAGGAGUACGACGAGCGUGAGGAAGCCGAUGCUGAGAUGGAGCGAUACCUCGAAGCCGAUAUCGAUGAGGAGGAUGCUGAUGGCGAAGCAGAGGACGAAGAAUAUGCCGAGGACGACGAUGACAUGUUUCUGAAUAUGCGCCACAGCACGCACCACGACGACGAGCCUGUCUACUCCGACGAUGGUGUGGAUGGCGGUAACGGGGAGGAGUCGGACCUCUUGCUUCUGGCAACACCAGCGGCGACGGAGCGCAUGCGCAAGGAAGCUGAAGAUAUCUUCCGUGCCUCAUCUAUGCGUCGCUCUUCAGCCUCCAGACGGAAGGACUUCAAGUACGCGUCUAUUGCAAAGGAUCUAUACAACCAGAUGGGUAUGACGGUGAUCACGGAGUCGCCCGAGGUUGUUUUGAAGACGGAGGACUUGGUGAACCAACUUUACGACGAGGGAAUUGGUGCGCAAGAAGACCCGGACAAGCUGGAUGGUUCUUUGGCGACGAUUGUGUACCCCUUGGUUGAGCUCUGGGACGACUUCUCCGAGACGCUGCCCAUGCCCGAAGGAGAGCACGUCGCUGAGAUUGGACCUGGGCCUGACGCUGAGCCCUUCCACAAGGCCGCCUAUGUCGCCAGGUUGGUCCUCCAGAUGCAUCACACCCGCUUUGCUGAGGGCCCCGGUGAGGUCAAGGCGCCACCUCUGCCCCAAGUCCUCUUCAACUGGAUCGAGGACAAUCACAACCUCUACCCUGAUCAGUUCAACAUCGUGAUGCGUCACAGGCCAAGCCCCGCCAGCCACAGCCUCUUCUGGCCUACACUACGAAGCGCACUCAUCCGCGGCAACGUUAACCUUGCUUCCCAGCUGCUGAGGAAUGCCGGAUGGGAGUCUGUCAGGAAGGGAACUCGCGCAGAACUGGCGUACAGCGGCAAGGCCUUGGACAACCUGCAGCGUGCUGUCGGCAUAACAUGCGAGGCACUCGACAUGUGCCCAGGGAACAAGGGCAACUGGGACCUCUUCAGCAGUGACUGGACGCUGUACCGCAUCCAAGCUAAGGGCUCACUGGACAAACUGCAGCGAUUCGCAGAGGGCAAGGAUAAGGGUUUGUAUGGCGGCGACAGCGACGACAGCUCAUACGGCCCUGGCCGCACAUCCCUGGCCCGCCUAGCCCGGAAAGCCGAGGGACAGGUUCCUUGGGAUAUCUACGAACACCUCCAGACCAUUUACCAGAUCAUCAUGGGUACUCCUGAUGCCAUUCUCGAGACGGCGCAAGAUUGGUGCGAGGCAACGAUUGGUCUUUUCGGAUGGUGGGAAGAGGGACGCGGACAACAGAAGAGCCUGCGCAUGUCUCGAUCGCAGGGACUGCGUCUGCCCGCUGUUUCGUCUGGUCCAGAGAGCUAUUUCGAGCGCCUGUCGCUUUCUUUCCACACUGCGAUCGAGUCGGAUUUCCAUAUCAACGCAAUGAACCCUGUCGAGGUGGCCAUUGCCUCCGCUUUCGAGUCGAACUUUGCCGCGGUAAUUGGCAUCUUGCGAGCAUGGUCUUUGCCCAUUGCUUCUUCCGUGGCGGAGCUUGCAUCUCUCGGACAGUGGCUUCCCAAGCCCGAGCCGCCCAACUUGAUUACUAUGGACAGCUUGGACAUGGAGGAUCUCGACAUCCUUGGAGUUAGCCCUCAGGGGGCUGAUGAGGUGGAGGGCAUCAAGGACACGACGCUCACGCAUUACGCACGAGAAUUGGCCGGAAUCGACCAAUUAUCUGAGACUCGCAGUGGCUGGGAGAUGGCGAUCCAAGUGCUGGGUCGCAUGGACUCAGCCGCCAAGUCUGAGGAGAUGGUGGGCGAGCUGCUUGGUGAUAUUCUGCAAACCAUCGACGGUGAUUCGGGCGUGACUGUGGACAAGAUCUGGAGGAUCUUGAACGAUCUCGGCAUGAUCAACUACGCCGAGCAGACCGCAGAGACGUAUGCAGACAUCUUGGGAGAAGAAUCUCACAGAUAUGGAGAGGCAUUGUGGUACUACGCCCUUGCCCACAGACCAGGCAAGGUGCGCGAAGUGCUCAACCUGCUAAUGUCUUACUCUCUCCUCCACUCUACGGUUUAUCCUCCUGCGAACGACCUGGACGACCACCUUCACAAGCUUCUGAACGAGCGAUCGCAAACUCUCGAGCAAUAUGCCAAACAAGACCUCGAAGCGGCACAACUUCUCGGCCGCAUGCUCAGUGGUUACGCUACGCUUAGAAAGUACUACGAGAUCCGGGAUACCGACGGACUAGCAAGCAUGUCGGCACACAAAUCUACUUCUCUUCGCAAGCAGGCCGCGUCCGCUCUAAUUGCUGUCGUCGCCAGCUCCGAUGACAACAUCCGCGGCGGCCUAUAUGAUGAGACGCGUGAUGCCGUUGUCAGCGAGGACUUCAUUCUUGCGCUGCUCGGCGAGGCUCUUCCAUUCGUCAACCAGAGCCCUGCAGUCAUCACGUUAGACCAAAUGGACAUCCUUCUCAAGGCGAUUGAGGACAUCCAGACGGUCAAUUCAACAAUAUUCAAUGCCGCAGACGAGUUCUUCAAGCUCGUUUUAGCUUCGGCUCAAGGUCUGAAGGGCUCUACGCCAGCGGACCUCAUGCGCAAGAGCACCGGCUCCCUCAGCGGAAGCUACAUGCUGAGCGGCAGCUCCAUGCUCGCCAGCCAGCUGAACCGCUCCAUCAGCGGCAGUGCCGGUCUCUCACGCGCUAACACCAAGCGUGGCUGGGACUGGAGAACAGGAUUGACGGCAAACGCAUCGGCGGAGGAUGUGCUUCGAGUCCUGAGGCUGGGCUUGUCGCGAGACCUGGCAACGUUGUGGCUGGCAGACGCUGAUAACACGCCAUUGUACUAG